AUCGGUAAAUUCAGAUUGCAUGCAAAUCAGCAGCGUCAUUCUUGUGAGGGGGAAACGAGUGAAAGAGAGGGAGAGGUUUGGCAGUGCUGGACAUUCUUUCUCUUUAUGGGAAAGAAUUUGUCGCUUUUCUUCCCUGGCCGGCUUGCAACAAAGUAGCCAGUUAGCUGCUCAGAUGCGCACAUUUUCGCUAGCUGCUGCCGAGGUUCAAUGCUGUGUGCUGGGAAGUUGAGAAAGUCUACAAAGCGGGUCGUUUUUGCGUUCUAACUGUGCAGUAUUGGGAUUUUAAAAGGUAUCGGAGGAAAAGCCGACAUAUUACUGCCUUUUCUUGACCAUGGGCACCGGACAAAAUCGGAACACAAACUUGUACGGGUGGGCAGUAGUGAUGGUACUUGGGAUAUUGUACCACCGUUGUUAUGCACGUUGUCCCGAGGAUGAGCUGAAGACACGAGAGCAAUCGGCAAAUGUAGUAUUAACUGGGACUGUGGAAGAAAUCAUGAACAUGGACCCCGUGCACAAUACUUACUCCUGCAAGGUGAGGGUGUGGCGCUACCUCAAGGGCAAAACCACGGUGAACGGCAACGCUCUGCUGGACGGUGGCAACAAGGUGAUGAUCGGAGGUUUUGGGGAACCGGGGAUCUGCGACAACCAGGUGUCCACGGGGGACACGCGGAUCUUCUUCGUCAACCUGGCGCCAGAGUACACGUGGCCGGCCCACAAGAACGAGCUGCUGCUGAACUCGAGCCUGAUGCGAAUCACCCUGAGAAACCUGGAGAAGGUGGAGCACUGUAUGGAAGAUUAUUCAGGGAAGUUUUCUUGGGCCAGCUCGGCGGGGGUAUGGAGCCAGGAUAUGCGCGCACACGUACCGAACGUCCAGCCCCGUUUCCACACGCGGCCAUCCUGUUUGCGGGUCGAUCCUGUGCCUCUGGGUGGCCUGCCUGUGCGCCGGAGAUAGUGGAGGAAUAAGCAC